GUGCAAUGGGUUUUCGAUUUGUGCUGUUGGCUGUUAUGGGAUUGGGCGCCAUGUAUAUGAUGCAUCUGCUGGCGCAGGAUUGGAAUCGCAUACGUCCCAUACAGGGGCUGACAAAUCUGGCGGGACAAGUUACAAACGGUCUGAAUAUAAACCGUUUGCCUGCGCUGGUGGGACAAGCAAGCACAUUCGCCCAAGGAUUAGCUGGACAGGCUAGUGGUGCCUUUCAACGUGGUAAGCGCUCUGCGCUUGGCUGGGUGCCUGACAGACAGGAUAAGGGAGGCGGUGUAGCUACAGAGCACGCCGUGGCCUCCAUUGACUGGAAGCGCAUACUUGCCCGCGAUCCUUUCGAGUGCCUGCAAUCGCUCAUCUGUCAGCUCAUGUCAGGCGCCGAAGCGCAGUCCUCAGAAGCCGAGAUGCUUAUGGACUAUCUGGAGGCCUCGCUGGAAAUGGCGCCAGUCAAAAUUGGACGAGCCUUCAGUCGUGGCCUCGCGCUGCGCGGCAAUACCGACAGAUGCUAUGAUGAGUAUCCCUUCUGCUUGUACUCGGCCAAGACCAUGUUGCGCAUACUGCGCUGGUUCAGUGAAACGGGCGGGACAGAUUUACCUGCUGAACAUUAA